AGGGGGGGAGGCGUGUAUGUGUGUGUGUGUGUGUGUGAGUGAGUGUGAGUGACAUUUGCUGCGAGGAGCUACAGCUAGCCGGAUAAAGAUGAAGAAAUAGGGAAGGAAACAGGAAAUAUUUAAACUUUUGCCCCCUGAGCUGAUGUUUGGGUUAAACUCUGUUUGCGGAGCCACUUUAGAGAAGACGGUAAAUAUUAAAAGUAGCGUCAGGUGAAACUUUCUGUCCGGUUAAACGCAUUAAACAGUCGGCUAAUGCUCCCCAUGAACUUGCACAGUAAAUAAGUAAUAAGUAAGUUGAGUCGCUGCUCAGAUAUGUUGAUACUAACAAGAUAACCGUGUUUAUUUAGGUGUUUUUUGUUUUUUUUCUAUUGCAUCAUGGGUGGAUGUUAUUGCUUAAGUCGACUCUGCUAACUGCGUUUUGCACACACAAGGUUAAAAUUAGCUUUAGCCAGCUAGCUGCUCACUCCCCUCCUCUUGCUGCAGUUUUGUCACUUUCCUAUGCUGCCCAGUCAGGCCAGGUGUGCAGAAAGUAGGCCAGGUGUGGUGUGUGUUGAUAGAUAGAUAGAGUGCAGUGUGUGUGUGUCUACUUCAGGGAUUUUUUUCUUACUUUUAGUGGUGUGAGUCAGAGCUGGGGUCAUGCUGCUCUCUCUGGUUGUGCACACUUACUCUCUGCGUUACUGGUUCCCAGCCACCGUCAUGCUGGGAACAGCCCCGGCUUACCUGCUGUCGUGGGGGGCAUGGCGCCUGCUGUCGUCUGUCCUACCAGCCAGAGUGUAUCACAAGCUAGACGACCGGUUGUACUGCGUCUACCAGAGUAUGGUCCUCUUCUUCUUUGAGAACUACACAGGUGUCGAGAUUGUUAUAUACGGAGAUAUACCAAAGACCAAAGAGAACGUCAUCUACCUGUCCAACCAUCAGUGUACAGCUGACUGGAUCAUUGCCGACAUGCUCGCCAUCAGGCAGAAAGCUCUGGGUCACGUCAGGUACGUCCUUAAAGACGGACUCAAGUGGCUCCCGCUGUACGGGUGGUAUUUCUCUCAGCACGGAGGAGCGUACGUGAAGAGGAGCGCGAAGUUUGAUGUGAAGGCGAUGCAGGAGAAGCUCCUCACUCAGACUCAAUCUGGAGCACCGAUGUACCUCGUUAUCUUUCCAGAAGGAACGCGCUAUAAUCCAGAGCUGAAGAACGUUAUCGCCGACAGUCAGGCUUUCGCUACUAAAGAAGGCCUGGCUGUUCUGAGGCACACUCUAACGCCCAGAAUGAAAGCCUCUCACGUAGCCAUCGAGACCAUGAGGGACCACCUGGAUGCUGUGUAUGACGUCACUGUGGCCUACGAGGGAAAGCAGGGCGUCUCCGGUCACAGAAAACCUGCCCCGACAAUGCCAGAAUUCCUGUGCAAAGAAUUUCCCCGAGUCCACAUACACUUCGACCGUGUGGACAUAAAGGAAAUUCCUUCGGAGCCAAUGUUCUUCCGCAGGUGGCUGCACGAGCGUUUUGAAAUCAAGGACCGGCUGCUGACGGACUUCUACGAGUCGGACGAUGCUGAUAAAAUAUGCAAGUUCCCCGGGGAAGGCAAACCUUCUCCUCUGAACCUCUCUAAAACCCUCCCAUCAGUGGUGAUCCUGGGGGGCCUGACACUGCCAUUACUGCUGACGGAGAGCGGCAGGAAACUGUACGUGCGGACCUGGGUGUACGGGACGCUGCUGGGCUGGCUGUGGGUGAAAGUCUUCCCUUAACGAACAGGGCCGAGGCUGCCACCAUGACACGCACAACAGACAUGAGCGAGGCGGCGCCGUUUUUUUUUUUGUUUGUUUUGUUUUCCCUGCAUCCGAAC